CCGGAGCGGAGCGGCGCGGGGGGCCCAUGAGCGGCGAUGGCAGCGGCUAUCGCCAGCUCGCUGAUCCGGCAGAAGCGGCAAGCGAGGGAGUCCAACAGCGACCGGGUGUCCGCCUCCAAGCGCCGCUCCAGCCCCAGCAAGGACGGGCGAUCCCUCUGCGAGAGGCAUGUCCUGGGGGUCUUCAGCAAAGUGCGCUUCUGCAGCGGCAGGAAAAGGCCGGUGAGGAGGAGACCGGAACCCCAGCUGAAAGGAAUUGUGACAAGGUUAUUCAGCCAGCAGGAAUACUUCCUGCAGAUGCACCCAGAUGGUACAAUUGAUGGGACCAAGGACGAAAACAGUGACUACACCCUUUUCAAUCUAAUUCCUGUGGGUCUUCGUGUGGUGGCAAUCCAAGGGGUGAAGGCAGGUCUGUACGUUGCCAUGAACGCUGAGGGAUAUCUCUACAGCUCAGAUGUUUUCACACCAGAGUGCAAAUUUAAAGAAUCUGUCUUUGAAAACUACUAUGUUAUUUAUUCUUCCACGCUGUACCGGCAGCAAGAAUCGGGACGAGCGUGGUUCCUGGGACUCAAUAAAGAAGGUCAAAUUAUGAAGGGAAACCGAGUGAAAAAAACCAAACCCUCAUCACAUUUUGUACCCAAACCCAUUGAAGUGUGCAUGUACAGAGAGCCAUCGCUGCAUGAAAUUGGAGAAAAACAAGGACGCUCAAGGAAAAGUUCAGGGACACCAACCAUGAAUGGAGGCAAAGUUGUUAACCAAGACUCGACAUAGCUGACAAAUACCCUCCCUUCUUCCAAAUCCUCCCCUCCCACCCACCUAUCCACCCCACCUGGCGAAACCACACUGAGAUGAUGACAACUGGGCAAGGCAGGACCUACCGGUAGUGGCUUGGAGUGUGAACUCCAGAAUCUUUCUUUGUGUAGGACGAGAAAAAAUCGAAACCCAGAUCCUGCCUGUUGCAACGUUUUAAAAAACAACAACAACAACAAAAAAAAAAGUGAAGAAAAAAUGUUUUAAAUCAGGACUCCAUUAACAUUUUCAAAAGCAAACUGUUUGCUCUGUGAUCAAAGGGGGAAAAAUCUCAUCUCUGCAUAAUAAUAAUAAUAAUAACAACUACUAAUAAAUAUAAUAAUAAUAAUAAUAAAGAUGUUACC